GCGCCGCUGGAAGAUGGCGCAGGAGGUUGGCGCCAUGGAAGAUGGGCAGCUUUCCGACUCGGAUUCCGACAUGACAGUUGCGCCUAGCGACAAGCCGCUGCAGGUGCCGAAAGUAUUAGGGGGAGACAUCCCAGUGAGGCCCUUCCACAAUACUGCAGCAGCAUGUGCACCAGUAUCACAUUACCGGACUGUUACAAGUGUGGAUUCCAGUGAAGACAGCUUUUCUGAUUCAGAUGAUGACAGCGCUCUUUGGAAACGCAAGCGACAGAAAUGUUUUAAUCCUCCUCCCAAGCCAGAGCCAUUUGACUUUGGUCAGAGUAGCCAGAAAGCAUUUGUUGCCGGAACAAAGAAGGUUAACAAUAUAUGGGGUGCUGUCCUGCAAGAGCAGAAUCAAGAUGCAGUGGCCACUGAACUUGGUAUCUUGGGAAUGGAGGGUACGAUUGACAGAAGUCGACAAUCGGAGACCUACAAUUAUUUGCUUGCUAAGAAACUCAAGAGGGAAUCUCAAGAGCAAUCAAAAGAAUUAGACAAAGAGCUAGAUGAAUAUAUGCAUGGUGGCAAAAAAGCAGACUCAAAGGAAGAGGAAAAUGGGCAAGGUCAUCUCAAACGGAAACGACCUGUCAGAGACAGAUUAGGGAACAGAGUGGAAAUGAACUAUAAAGGUCGUUAUGAAAUCUCCGAGGAGGAUCCUCAAGAGAAAGUGGCUGAUGAAAUUUCUUUCAGGUUACAAGAACCAAAGAAAGAUCUGAUUGCUCGAGUAGUGAGGAUAAUUGGGAACAAAAAGGCAAUUGAGCUUCUUAUGGAAACUGCUGAAAUUGAACAAAACGGUGGCCUUUUUAUAAUGAAUGGUAGUCGAAGAAGAACACCAGGUGGAGUUUUUCUGAAUCUCCUGAAAAACACUCCUAGUAUCAGUGAGGAACAAAUUAAGGACAUUUUCUACAUUGAAAAUCAAAGGGAAUAUGAAAAUAAAAAAGCUGCUAGGAAGAGGAGAACACAGUUGUUGGGGAAGAAGAUGAAACAAGCUAUUAAAAGUCUAAAUUUUCAAGAGGAAGAUGAUACAUCACGAGAAACUUUUGCAAGUGACACAAAUGAGGCGCUGGCCUCUCUUGAUGAACCGCAGGAAGGACAUGGAGAGGCGAAGCUGGACGCUGAGGAAGCCAUUGAGAUCGAUCAUUCGAAUGAUCUAGACAUCUUUUAAUGAUACUGACAUUUUCAACAUUUGGUAGAAUAAACCUUUCUGGAAUAAUAGUGAUAAACCUCUCCUCUACCGAGAACUCUUUGUUGAACUUCAAACUGAUAAACCUGAAAAUCUGGA